AUGGCCUCUCCUUUAAUCAUGAAGUCGGCCGCUCCCACAGCAAAUCUAUCACCUGAGAUCACCAGAGAACCAGCAAAAAAGAAACAAAAAGUGGUUCCAGGGCUGGAACCCGGGUACUUUGUCUCACAGAAGUCGUUCACCUCCGAGUAUUUCCCCUUGGAGGGCCCUAUAGGGUAUGGGGGGGAAAUUCCUAGCACUAUUCCCCUAGCAGUAGUGAUCUGGAGAGACUACUGCAAUGGCACAAAGAAGACCCUGAACCCCAUCGAACUCGACAUGUACAGCGGCGAGCCUGGCAUCCAAUUCGAGUAUAAACGCCUUAACGAGAUGAUUUUCAACUUCCCCAAGGAUUUGCCUGAAAAGUUCACCGAUGCUUUUGGGGAAUUGGCAGCCGCUCGUGUCCGCUACUUUGCAACACAUGAGGUUUACAGGAAAGAAAAGACUGCUCUGACAGAGUCAUUUGCUAUUGCCCAGCAACUCAACGAUAAACGACGGGAUAUCCGCUCCAAUCCGGGUCAUUAUGAGCCGCAUGCCGCAGAGAAGACCAUUCUUGCACUGAAAGGGUGUGUUGCAGAAGGCAAGCAUCAACAAGAGCAGUAUAAAAAAAGAGCAGAUUCCCUCAAAUUUUUUGCCGAGAAAUUCAUCGAAGCAAAGAAAAAGGCAGCGCCCUUCAGGGAUCAACUCCAGAAAUUUUAUGACGAUAUCGAAGAAGCCCACAGUAAGGCGAAGGAAGCCGAAGCCAAGAGACUCGAACAAGAGAAGGCCGAGAAAGAAAAGAGCCAGAAAGCAAAAGCUGAAAAGGAGAAAUUGGCCAAGCAGAAACGUUCCAAGGACAGGGUCAUGAAGGAGAGACGCCAAAGGACCGAUGCAGCUACGAAAGCACGUUUGGACCAUGACGCCAGAGCUUGGGCCGAGUAUCUGGCAAGGAGCGAGCGCAUGCGGAACGGAGCCAAUGAUGCUGCUAAACAACACGGUGGAAAGCAGGUCAACCUUGGAUAA